AUGGCUGCCUCGUCAAGCACCAGUCGAAUGGCUCAGCAAUGGCCAGGAGGCAGACCACCAGUUUCUGAUUUCAGUGAGAAUGUGUUCAUUGAUCUGAGGGUGUUCGGCCCAAAGACGGAGCACACCACGGCAGCUGAAGGAAGCAGCCAAAACAAGAAGGGGAAGGAGAAAGAAGUGGUUCAAGAAGAAGGAAGUGAAAAUCACAAGGGCAAGGAGAGCGAAGAGGUCCCAAUCGCCAUGUUCAAGGUUGAGAAGGCCUCCGCUUGUCAUGGCUCCUAUGUUAUCAAUAGGAAGCUUAUCAACCAGACCUGGAGCGGCGACGGACCUUUGUCGUUUGAUCUUCAUGACUUCAAGCCAGAGGCUAUUCCCCUUCUAAUUCAAUUCUUGUAUCGGUUCCGCCUGAACGACCCCGAGCCUACCACCAAUGAGCAAGAUAUUCUCGACGCUGCCACCAACCGAGUCCACCUCUGGUGCUUGGGAGAUUAUCUCGGUAUGCCAGCCCUGCAAGACCAGGCCAUUGCCCACCUUGAUCUGUUCGCCCGUGGCACGAAGAGUGUCAUGGUUGGCCUGUGGAGAACACAGCAAAAGUAUAUCUGGGAGAACACUCAAGAAGGCUACAAGCUCCGCGAGUACAUGAUCCAGGCGCUAUUGACAACAGUCAACAAGAGUACCGCCAGCGAGCUGCGUUCAGGGCUAGACAUCGGUGUUCUGAACGAGAUGAUCAAGCAAACGACAGCUCACUUGGGAGGCAAAGACUGGCUGCCAUUGAAGGCUUACUUUCUUGACAACAAGUCGCAAAGAAACUAA